GUUCUGGGCUGGCUUUUUCCUCUCCCAGGUGCGCUUCCCUGCUUGAUCUGUGUUUCUGCUCUUUCUCCUUCAUUCCGCAGCCUCCUUUGCCCUGUGACCUGCAGGUACUGGAAGGUCCCUAGAGAGGAUACCGGGACGCUCCUGAAGCCGCGAGAUGGAUGGGCCUUCCAUGAUACUGAAGGGAGAGCCACAUGUUAAUGCCCGGGAGACAGCUGUCUCCUUGGUCUGAAAGGCCUGAUCGAGGCCAGGAUUGGCUAUGAGAGCUGGGAAAUGGGAGCUCCUUUGAAGUCAUGGGAGAGGAGCCACCAUCACUCAUGUUCUUGAAUGGGAACUGCCUGGAAAGCCUGAAGAAGGAGGAGCCUGAAGGAGGAAGGAGGAGGCUGCGCCAUCCCGGGAACAUGGGCUGGAUGAGGCCAAGCCAGGAGAUGACACCACUGAAUAGAAGUCACUAUUCAGGAUUUGGGCUUUUCUGUGGAGAUCCUGGCCCCGAGAUCGAACCCUUCUCCCUGCAGGUGUCCCCGCAGGAGAUGGUGCUGGAGAUCCACCGGGUGUUCAUGGACCAUGAAUACCCAUGUCCCCGCCUCACUUCUCACUGCACCCGGGUGGCAGCACGCUGGACCACCUCUCAGAGCUGCGCAGCAUGGCGGGGCCGCAGGCGGGCUUGGUGCUCCACAUGGUGGAAGAGCCCUGCACAGUGCACGAGGCCUGAGGUGACGAGUGCCACAUCUGAGACUGCUCAGGAGCCUGGAUCCAGCUGAUGCAGCUCCUUGUCCUUCCUGAGCGUCUUCACUGACAGUGGCCUGGGAGAUGGCAGGAGCAGAAAGGCUUGGAGAUGGACCCCACCGACUGCACACCACCCAAGCACAUCCUGCUCGGAAACCUGGAACAGCCACCGUGUGCCCUGCAGCCCCAGAAUGGUGACUAAAAGGUGGGACUCCAGGGAGGAACAAGGAAGAGGGUCCCCGGGCGGGUGGAGGGCCACACACCAGGAGGCCUGGCCCAUUCACGCUUGGCCAUUCCUGCAGCCCCUGAAAGUGCUCGCCUUGAGCGGCUGGCACCUGUCCCCUGGGAACUGCAAGA